AAGGCUCGGUUGCACCAAUUUGGAAAAUAAGUGAUCGCCAUUCCCGGCCUCCACAAGGCUACUCGUCCGACGCCAAAAUAGAUGACACAUCAAAACACUUUCGAAGCCUCAGUGUCGUCUGGGUAAGGUUCGAAGGUCGGGAGCGGUGCUGCCAGUACGGACUUGUGGCUUGGAGCAAGCGGACCUCUCGUCAGACAGCUGCCUUACGCUCUGCGCGCCUUUUUCUACGGUCGAAAAAAGCAGACCGACCCCAGCCAGCCAGCCAGCCAGACGCAAGGCCGAAGCCAAAGUCAGACCAGUCGCCCAGACAAACAGACACAGCCAUGCCUCGCUCCUACCUCAGGCCUCGUGCCCGCCCUUAUGCCUUCAACACUGACUACUACCUGAACUUGUCGAAGUCCUCAGGGUCCACGAUCGAGUCCGAGAAAGUCGAAGUCACCAACCAGUCUGACGCUCAGUCGCUCGUGGAGCGCAUCAAGCACUCGCCUCCCCGGGAAGUCCUGUACUCGGACCGCGCCUUCAGCGAGCCUCGGUUCGUGGGGCGCGCCCGCUCGAGCAGCUAUGAGUUCGAGCCCUUCCCGAGGCCGAGCUCCCUGGAGGAGGGCGACGUCAGGAUCUUGCCCUUGCACUACAAGCACCCCUACCGCCUGCCUGUCGAGGACGAGCGGCGGAGAUGCUGGCUAGUAGACCCCGUCUGGUACCCGAACCCCUGGGCGUGGGACAGCAUCUGGGUCCCCCCGCACGAGAACCGCUCCCAGCCGCACUUCGGCUACGAGGCGUACCGCCAGCUCAUUUUGAAGUACCUCGAGCUCAGGAACCGCAAAUACACCGUGGUCCUCCGGCUCUGCCCGCUCCACCAGCACCUCCUGGAUGACGGCAACGGUGUCCUUGUUUAACGACUGCGUGGUCUUGCCAACAGGUGAAGCAAGAGCCCCGAGUGACGCUGGCGGCGCUCCACCCGUACCGCCUGCCCGUCGAGGACGUCCGUGUGCCCCCGCACGAGAGCUCCGAGUGGCCCUCCUCCGUGCCGCACUUCAACCUCGUCUCCUCC